GGUGAACCUGGCCGCAGGUGGUAUGAAGACAUUACCCCCGUCACCACACCGCCCACCUUUCAAGUGUGCUCGCCUGUAAAACACACUCAAUUACUCUCUAGGAAUUCUCCUUAAGUGAAGUGCUGAGUGAAUCCCAAGGUAGUGAAGUACUGUGAACAUGUACACGGCAAGUGGCACUUCAGUGAGGUCCGCGCAAUCUUCAACCGUCGCUACCUCCUCCAGAACACUGCACUGGAGAUCUUCCUCGCCUCCCGCACAUCAGUGUUUUUCACGUUCCCGGACCAGGCAACGGUUAAAAGAGUGGCGAAAGCCCUACCGCGGGUCGGGGUGGGUAUUAAGUAUGGUAUACCACAAACCCGCCGAGCCUCCAUGAUGUCCCCACGGCAGCUCUUCAGGGCUUCAAACAUGACGCAGAAAUGGCAGCGCAGGGAGAUCUCCAACUUCGAGUAUCUCAUGUUCCUCAACACCAUUGCCGGUCGAACAUACAACGACUUGAAUCAGUAUCCAGUGUUUCCAUGGGUGCUAACCAACUUUGACUCGCAUGAACUUGACCUCUCCCAGCCGUCCAACUAUAGAGACUUGUCUAAGCCUAUUGGGGCUCUCAAUCCCUCGAGGCGGGCAUUCUUUGAGGAGCGCUACAACUCUUGGGAACAUGAUCAGAUACCACCCUUCCACUAUGGCACACACUACUCCACAUCAGCGUUCACUCUCAACUGGCUCAUCAGGCUUGAACCCUUCACCACCAUGUUCCUAUCACUACAAGGAGGCAAGUUUGAUCACCCCAAUAGAAUGUUCUCUUCUGUUGCUACUGCUUGGAAGAACUGUCAGCGAGAUACCUCAGAUGUUAAAGAACUCAUCCCAGAGUUUUACUACCUUCCUGAGAUGUUUGUCAACUGGAACCGCUACAAACUAGGUGCAACAGAGGAAGAAGGAGUAGUUGACGAUGUUGUGCUUCCACCCUGGGCAUCAUCCCCUGAAGAAUUUAUUAGAAUCAACAGAAUGGCACUGGAAUCUGAGUUUGUCUCUUGUCAGUUGCAUCAAUGGAUUGACCUCAUCUUUGGAUACAAACAGCGUGGGCCUGAGGCAGUACGAGCCACUAAUGUCUUUUAUUACCUCACAUAUGAAGGCUCUGUUGACUUGGAUUCAAUUCAGGACUUAGUAAUGAGAGAGGCUAUUGAGAACCAAAUUCGAAACUUCGGACAGACCCCAUCUCAGUUGUUGAUGGAGCCCCAUCCACCUCGCUCUUCAGCUAUGCAUCUGUCACCGCUGAUGUUUUCUGGUGUGUGUGAGGACGUGUGUAUGGUGAUGAAGUUUGUGAGCAACUCCCCUAUCUGUCAUAUCUCUGCCAAUACUUAUCCUCAGCUGCCUCUUCCAUCUGUUGUUACCCUCACAAACAAUCAUCAUUUUGCUAUCAACCGCUGGAACACUAACUACUCUGUGAAUGUACAGAGUCCCAGCUAUGCUGAAGGUAGUCAGUCACCGUCCACACUCUUGCCUCUGUCCAUGGAUCCCGUCCUACAGCAAGCUGCUUCAGGCAACAGUAGUAGUCAGCAGCAGAAACGUCAUCUAGGAGACAACUUCAGUCAGAAAGUUCGGAUGAGGAGCAAUUGUUUUGUAACUACUGUCGACUCGCGUUUCAUUAUUGCCUGUGGCUUCUGGGACAACAGCUUUCGUGUAUUCUCCACUGAGACAGCUAAAAUUGUGCAAAUAGUGUUUGGUCAUUAUGGGGUGGUGACGUGCCUAAGCCGUAGUGAGUGCAACAUCACCAGUGACUGUUAUGUUGCCUCCGGUUCCCACGAUUGCACUGUUCUUCUCUGGCAUUGGAAUGCCCGCACUCAGAUGAUAAUGGGUGAAGGAGAUUCACCAACCCCACGUGCCACGCUCACAGGUCACGAAACUGAGGUCACAGCUGUUGUCAUUUCUGCUGAACUUGGCCUUGUAGUGUCUGGCUCUAAGGAUGGCCCAGUACUCAUUCACACCACUUCUGGGGAUCUGCUGCGAUCACUGGAGGCACCUGAAGGUUUUCUUUCUCCUGAAAAUGUUGCUCUUUCUCGUGAGGGCCUAAUUGUUAUUAAUUAUGAUCGAGGACAUGUUGCUGCAUAUACUAUGAAUGGAAAGAGGCUACGACAUGAAUCUCACAAUGACAAUAUUCAGUGUGUGAUUCUGAGCCGUGAUGGAGAGUACAUGAUGACUGGAGGAGAGAAAGGCAUUGUUGAAGUAUGGCGGACAUUUUCCCUUGCCUUGCUGUAUGCUUUCCCAACCUGUGAUUCUGCUAUUAGGUCUCUUGCACUCUCCCAUGACCAGAGAUUCCUGAUGGCUGGUUUAUCGACAGGAUCCAUUGUUGUUUUUCACAUCGAUUUCAAUCGCUGGCAUCACGAGUUCCAGCAGCGUUAUUAACUCACUUGUACACGUGCACUAAUUGUUUAGUUGCCAAGAAUGAAGCAAGAAAAGACAAAUUGUGAAGUGUAAUGAAAGUGCUUUAGAAUUAACACACAUUUUGAGAAUUAAGGCCACUUGUAAAAAGAAAAUUGCCCUCUUCUCCUUGUUUCUGGUUUUAAUGGCCAAAAUUUUUGCUAAUAUUACAGUAAUACAGCUUUUAGAAAUACAAUAUUAAUAAAUGCUCACAAGUCUCUCUAACCGCUGACUUGUCAUGGUCUAAGUUGAGGUUUAUUGUAGGGUAUUAGCGCUGACUAGUAAGUGGUUAGGACACCUAAGCUUGCAUUCCUGGCAAGCAUUUAAUUUUUUUUCCAAUUUACAGCUGCUACUUUUAUGUUGUGAGCAUUUGGGCUUAAACUGAGCAGCAUUCUUUUACACCUAGUUGCUCAUUAUGCUUUGUGAUAGUCUGUACUUACACUGCUAAAUUGUUUUUAUCCUUAGCUACAUUGUUUGGGUUGCUAGGAAUUAAUACAAUAUAAAAUGUGACAAAUAUGGGAUUUGAUGUUAAAAUAUUUCCAAAUAAAAUUAAAAAAAAAAAAAAA